AUGCACCGCAGUGCUCUUACCCCAUGCGCAUGCACCGCAGUGCUCUUACCCCAUCCGCAUGCACCGCAGUGCUCUUACCCCAUCCGCAUGCACGGCAUUGCUCUUACCCCAUGCGCAUGCACCGCAUUGCUCUUACCCCAUCCGCAAGCACCGCAUUGCUCUUACCCCAUCCGCAUGCACCGCAUGCUCUUACCCCAUCCGCAAGCACCGCAUUGCUCUUACCCCAUCCGCAAGCACCGCAUUGCCCUUACCCCAUCCGCAUGCACCGCAUUGCUCUUACCCCAUGCGCAUGCACCGCAUUGCUCUUACCCCAUCCGCAUGCACCGCAUGCUCUUACCCCAUCCGCAUGCACCGCAUUGCUCUUACCCCAUCCGCAAGCACCGCAUUGCUCUUACCCCAUCCGCAUGCACCGCAGUGCUCUUACCCCAUCCGCAUGCACCGCAGUGCUCUUACCCCAUCCGCAUGCACCGCAUUGCUCUUACCCCAUCCGCAAGCACCGCAUUGCUCUUACCCCAUCCGCAUGCACCGCAUCCCAAUGCCUACAUCUCCCGUCUCCCAUCUCUCGCGGCAGGAGUUGAUUGGGCUGGUAACUGCCUGGGGGCACAUGUGGGCGCGCCGCAGGAACAACAUCCCCGCACCCCCUCCUCUCCCCCCCUCCCCCCCCCCCCCCCCCCCCCCCCCCCCCCCCCCCCCCCCUUUCCCUUUUUUCCCUUUCACCCCCUCCGUCCUGUCUCACAUCUCUUGCUACAGGAGUCAAUCGGGCUGGUAACUGCCUUGCGGGCACUUAGGACGGCGCUGCGACAGCAACAUCCCCGCACGCCCAAACCCCCUCCCCCUUUCCUUCCCCCCCUCACCUCCCUCCCCCCUCUUCUCCUUCUGUCUCCCGCCUCAUUCUGCAGGAGGCAAUCGGGGUGGUACGGACCCUCGGUCACUUUGGCCCGCGCAGCAGCAGCAACCUGA